UCUGUAGUUGCGGAGGUAAAAACGAUGAGCGUGUGUUGGCACUGAUAGAAAUGAGGUGUGGUGUCUGUAUUUGGACAGACUUAAGGAUGAGCCCAAUUUUUGCCUACACACUCUUCGUCUGUAUCUUCUUACAUACAGAGACGGGUAAACAAACGCUGGGUUCAACAUGGCUCUGCAGGAGGAGGUGCGAAACCCUAAGUUUUGGCGGGGCAUACUAGCCGAGAUGAUAGGCACUCUGAUCUUUGUAUCAGUUGUAUUGGGCUCUUCAUUGUCAGGGCUCGACGGUGUCUCUUCCGGACCUUUGUACCCAGCUCUGGCAGCAGGUAUGGCAGCAGUUGGCCUAGGACAUUGCUUUAGAAAGAUCAGUGGGGCUCAGGUGAAUCCUGCUUUAACUUUGGCCUUCUUAGCUACACGGAAACUGGAUGCUUUAAAGGCCAUGGUCUAUGUGUUUGCCCAGUGUUUAGGAGCCACUAUAGGAGCUGGGAUUCUCUACUUGAUCCUACCUUUAAAAUCCACAGCUAAUAUCUAUGUCAACAAGGUACCAAUGGAAGGAAAUGCAGGGCAGGCUCUGGGGAUGGAGGUACUAGUCACGUUCCAAUUGGUCUUUACCAUCUUCUCAGUGGAGGAUCAGCGCAAGAGAGAGGAAUGUGAACCUGGCAACUUGGCCAUUGGCUGCUCUUUAAGUGCAGGAAUUUUUACUGCAGGUAGAAUUUCUGGAGGCAGCAUGAACCCUGCUAGAUCUCUUGGACCUGCAAUUAUAGUUGGAUAUUGGGAACACCACUGGGUAUAUUGGAUUGGGCCAGUGUUGGGUGCUGUGUUAGCUGGCAUGGCUCAUGAAUUCUUUUUCGCUCCAAGUGCCUCAAGGCAGAAGCUGGUGUCCUGCCUCACCUGUAAGGAUAUUGAAAUAUUAGAGACAGCCAGCGUGUCCCGUUCAUCUCUGUCGACCAUCACGCAAACAGCUGUGAGGGCCAAGCAGAGUGACAAAGUUGACCACAGCUGAAGAUUUAUUUCACCAUAUCAUCUAUAUACUAUAUUUGAUUUAUAUUGUACUGUUCUACCUACAUUUAUGUUAUAAGAAUAUUUUGUGAAAAAUAAUUUGUUUGCAUGCUACAUGUUGAAGAAUAAUGGUGGGUUUUUAUUAUAGUUGCCUUAACCUUUUGUUAUUUCUAUAGUAUAGACAGUACAGUUUAAUUUUCAGACUUACUGGAGCAUGUGAAACAUUCCUCAAGACUCGUGUGUUGAUGAAAUAAUUUUCAUUGGAUGUACAGGAUAUUGUACACAGGAAUGUGUUUACCAGAGCCCAGGAGACAGUUUUAUCUUUGUGCUGGCUUGGGCUUAGAAGCCUAGGUAAGAUGUUUUGGGAAAAGGCUUUUUGGGUAUAUGGGCAGUUGAGGAUUGAACCUUGC